UUGGACACAGCAAGUCAAAUUUGAGAUCCCUCAUGCAGAGAAUUUAGUUUGACGUUUUGGAACAGCUUCCUUUCAAUCAACAACCACCAUGGCCAAGGUUCUUCCUAUGGAAGACAUUGAAGAUUUCGAGGAGGAGGAUGAAUUGGACAUGGUCUCCAAGCAUAAGCUCGAAGAAGCGGCUGGAAAACAUGACCGAGUGUCUUUGGCCUCAUCCUCAAGUGGAGAUUCAGCCUCGGCCACGCUCAUGUCCUCGCAUGCCAUGAAGAUGGGCUUGUACAGCAUCAAUUUGGGCACCAAAUUCGGCCAGAGGAUGCAUGCCGCACACAUGCUCAUCCUGCCCUUGAUUCCGGUUUUCAUCUUAUUGGCGCAAAAUGGGACAAAUUAUGCCACUUUCAUUCUACAAGCGGAAGAGAUUACCAAUGUUCAAGACCAGGUGAGCAACGCUGUUGAUUUGUCCACAUUGGCACAAAAAUUGCAAGAAGAACGGGCGGCAGUGGCUCUCAAUAUCUUUCUAAAACGAAGUCCCACGGAUGAUCUUCAAAGUCUUCAAAACUUGGUUACCAACGACGUGGACAUACGAAAAUUCACUUUAUUCCAGACGUUCAAUGCCACGGACACCGUUCUCCAGAGUGUGACCACUUGGCCAGAUAUUGUUUGGGUUGAUUUCUUCGAGACCAAGUUGAAAUUCCAAAUCCAGCACAGUAUUUUCCGAACCAAGAUUCGAGAGGGAGAAAAGAGCAUCUUUGACGUGCUCAAUUGGUACAACGAGAUCAUCAACUUCAUCCUCGAUUAUAUCAGCCUCUCCAUUCACGACUCAGAUGUCUCCGAUUUCUAUCGUUACAUCAUUGGCUUCAAGAACUUGCUCCGGUCUGUGGAGUACAGUGGGAAAUCGGGGAUCUACGCCCUCCGCUAUUUUUCUCAAGGAACCAUCGAGCGGCAUCAUCAUCAUGAGUUCAUUCGAUUUGAAAUCCUUCGCAAAGAAUAUCUCAACCAAACCUUUAAUUUUAUGCCUGAGCUAAGAGUCGAGUAUGAAAAGGCGGCUAAGGCUCAAUUGUAUGAAUUCGCUCAGAGUUUGGUAAUCAAAUUAGAAACCUAUCCCAAUGCGAAUGAUUCCUUGGUCGCCUCAGUGGGUUAUUUCAGUCAGUUGCUCGAGUAUGCGGCUUCUACCCAGAAAAUCCUGGACGGACUCACUCAAGGAAUCGAAAAAUUUGUGGCCAAGGAAUUGGCCCGUUUUGAAAGCCAUAAAACAGUCCCUUUAGCUCUCCUCAUCAUUUUGGCCCUCUUCAUCCCUAUCGUUGCUUACGUCACAUUGCAAGCCACUACAUCCAUGUUUAAGUUUUCCGAAAUCUAUGACGAGAAAGUUGAAACGUACAAACGCGAGAAGAAAAAAACCGAGAAGCUCUUGACGGAUCUUCUUCCCCGACAAAUCAUCCACCAAAUGAAGAAAGGCAAGGUUCCUGAACCAGAGAGCUUCAACAGUGUCUCCAUUUUCUUGUGCGAUAUCGUUGGUUUUACGUCAUUGGCAUCGGAGAGCACCGCUCAUCAAAUCGUCGACUUGUUGAACACCCUCUACAAUCUAUUCGACAUUCGGUUGGAAAACUAUGACGUUUACAAGGUAGAAACCAUUGGCGAUGCAUAUAUGGUGGCCUCAGGUGUGCCCGAGGUCAAUGACCACCAUGCUGCAGAGAUCUCUAAAAUGGCUCUUGAUCUCUUGGCCAAGGUGGUGACCUUCGAGGUCCAACAUAAACCGGGUUAUCGUAUCAAGUUGAGGAUGGGUAUUCAUUCGGGGAGUUGCGUGGCGGGCGUUGUUGGAACUAAGAUCCCUCAUUACUCCGUAUUCGGAGAGACGGUGGAAAUUGCCGGACUAAUGGAGGCGACUAGUGAGCCCAUGAAGAUUCAAAUUACGGAAUCCACAAUGGUCUUGUUGGAACAAAGCGGUUCUUUUAACUAUAUUCAGAGGGACCAAACCACCAUUCCGGAAAAGCUGGGAAAUAUGAGCACGUUUUGGCUGAUUGGACGGUCCAAUGCCGGAAUUGACCACAACAACCAACAGAACGGAUUAACCCAUGAAAAAGAGCUUUGAGUUCCAUUUCCAGAUGACGAAUGCGAUUAGAAUGGUCAAUGUUUCCCUACCACCCCUGAAGCACUUCUUGUCCCACUUUGACGUUUUAACUAACUAUAUAAACCCCCGGCGUGAAAAUCCCUACAUUGUACGUAAGCCAUGAUUUGACGAAUGUCUUCAAUUGUUUGAUGAUUAAUA